AUGUUUUACCUCUUAUUGCUUUUUUGUGAGAAAAUAAAGGCGAAGGAGAGCGGUGAUUGUAAAAGAAUAUUAACAGAUGUGUCUUUGUGUGACUUUCAAAUUACUGAAUGGUUCAACUUCAAGUAUGAUUUACUAAAAGGUAGCGAAUAUUCGUCAGAUCAUGCUUGGACGUCAGAAGAUUGUUAUGACGAGGGCUCUCGUGGUAAUCUACGAACCAGCGAACAAAUAAAAUUCUGUAAAAAAUAUAAACAUAUGAUGCCAUUGCUGACAAAAAGCAUAAAACAAAUCAAAGAUGAAUGUCAGGAAACAUUUGCUGACCGUAGAUGGAAUUGUAACCGUAUUAAUCGAAUCCGACAUGGGAACAUACCAGUAGAGCUCGAAAAAGAUACACGCGAAUCUGCAUUCGUACAUGCGUUAUCCUCUGCUUCUCUUGCGUUUCGUUAUGCUGAAUGGUGUUUUCAAAACAGAGACUGUUCUUGCGGCAGACGAGGUGUAGAAUGGAAUCGCAGGUAUCCAAAGACAAGAAUAAAUUUUCAUCCGUGCACCAAUUACCUUCAAAAAGGGAUGGAAUUCUCAAAAGAUUUUGCACAAGCUAGUUAUAAAAGAGAGUAUAUAUCUUCAGAAAAGAUGAAGAAGAGGAUAAAAGUCAUACUCCAUAACCAUGAAAUUGGUAGACAGGUCAUACAUCAAAACCAGAUUAUUAGAUGCAUAUGUGCAGGUCAUUCGACAAGUUGUCAAAGGAGUAUAUGUUACAGAAUAAAUCCCUAUUUUAAAGAUGUUACAAAAGAUCUGUUUUUACGUUACAAGCUCGCCAAAAAACUUCCAAAUUACGAUGGAAAAACUAUAAGAAACGUAGCCCUUGGAGAUCAACAUUCGAUUUCUUCGCAAGGUCAAGUUACACCAUUGUACUACUUGGAGGAAUCACCAAAUUAUUGCGAUGGGGAUUCCAAAUUGGGUAUUAACGGAACAACGGGCCGUCAUUGUGUACAGAAUAACACAAGAAUUGAUGAUUGUAAAUUAAUGUGUUGUGGCAGAGGUUUUCAUGUACACGUUUACACCAAAUCAAUAAAAUGUAAUUGUAAGUUUGUGUACUGUUGUAGACUUGUUUGUCAGAAAUGUAACAAAAUACAAACCGAUUUUAUAUGUAAAUAAAAACAAAUGCUUAGAAUAAUAUGUCAAUGUUUUAAAUGACAUGGUGAAACGUCCCAUAAGCAUAUAUAAAAUAUUAGACAAAAAUGCUGAGAAAAAGCAGUUCUUUCGUUAUUUUUCAAAUUUGGACAAAAGCGCCCAAAGAUUCUGCAGUCAGCAGGCCGCAAAACGUUACAUUCGCACACGUGUGAGCCAGGUGGACAGCAUUUAAAAUUAGGGCCGCAAAUCGAGACAACUUGUUGGCCAAUAUUUUCGCCAACACUUCAUGCAAAAUGUUGGUGUGAUUUCCUUUACGCUAUAAAAACAUUGACAACAUGUUGGAAAACAUAAUAUUCAUUCAUUUUAUCCUACAUGCAUCAUAUACUUUCCAACAGGAUAUUCCAAAGUUAAAAAAAGGAUUUGAAACUAACUUAUUUACGUACAUACUAAAGCAGAGAACCACCAGACUUUUGCGGAAUCACCAGUGAACCACUAGUGUACAUUGCGAAUAAGCAGUUGUAUAUUCACGUCAUCUGAUGUACGCUUCUAAGACAUCAUAUGGAAACCAAAACAUUUCAUCUCACCAGACCAGUCGCCAAAAGGGAGCUUUAUUGCAAAACGAACUGAUAAUCUAUUACAAAAGGCUUUUAAAUCAUACAUACGGAGUAGUGUGAUUUGGUUGUGAGGCCAUUAUUUCACUGGAAUAAAAAAUUUUCUACUAUUUUUUCGCGAAAAAAGAAAGCUGUUUUUGUUGUUAAGCUUUUGCUAAUAUAAACUUAUGGAAGAAAAGCUUAUCUUUUAGUUGUUCUUAUUGAGGCGUGGUGAUUUGCAAAAGUGUUUUUUAUAUCAACGAUAGGCUGACUAAAAGGAACUAUGUUAAAUCGUUUUUAUGUUACUACGAAAUACUUUAUAGAAUUUUUUUAGCAAGUCUAACAGGAAUUAUAAGGUAACCUUUUGAACCAAUUUUUAUUAUAAUGUGUAUAGAGCUGUUUAUUUAAAAAUUGUAGCUGUGAAUUUGUGUGUCGUAUAUUUUAUUGUGUUUUAUCUGGACAAUUUUGUAUAUCAAAUUUUUUAAAGAAAUAUUUUAUAUUUCUUAUUAUUUCAUUUUUUCACAUGCAAUCUCACAAACGCAAAACUCGUGUCGGGUUUGGUGUCGUUUUCUUACUGAACAAUCUUUUGAAAUAAGCUCUCGCGUACAGAGGAUUAGAUAUGAAAAACAAUGUGUUUUUAAAAAGAAGCUCCUGUCUGAGGAAUUGUUAAUGAAAUUUUAACUAUGCAGAAGUUUAAAAACCUCGUACAUAGAACUUUCUUAAAAAUCUUCAUUAAGGGUCAGAGUUUGGCUUUAUUCUUGACUCGUUUUUUCCCCUUCUUUGACACACCAUGUUCUAACGUGGUUUUGAAUUUUAUC